GGAGAAGGGACGCACGCGCGCGCGACCAAAUCAACAGCGUUUCCUAAUCGCAGGAGAUCGAUCGAUGGACGCUGCACCGCCGCCCGUGCAGAAGGAUCCGCCAGCGCCUCGACGAGCCAGGGACUGGUCGCUACUGCCCCUCGACGCGCUCGCCUCGGUCUUCGUCAGGCUCGGCGCCGUCGACGUGCUCAUGGGCGCCAGCCUCGUGUGCCGCUCCUGGCUCGACGCGGCGAGCGUGCCAGACGUGUGGCGUGUUGUGGACAUGGAGAACCCCGAGGUCGUGCUCAACAAGGACAAAGCUUUGCUACGCACAAUGGCUAAGGCGGCCGUCGACCGUUCCGACGGUCAGCUUCGGGUCUUCGCCGGGAACGAGUUCGUCACCGAUGACCUCCUAAAAUAUAUCGUGGAAAGUUCGCCGUCACUGGCUACCCUUCGCAUUGUAUCCAACUGCGAAGACUAUACCAAACGGCUCGUCAGUGUGAUAAAAGAGGCACCUUUGCUGGAGCUUCGCUCCCUUGAACUUGGCGACAUUAACCCCACCGUGGGAGAAAUGCUUGAUCUCCUCCGCAGCUGUCCUCUCCUACAGGUAUUUCGGGUGCGCGGCUACCAUUUCGACAUUUGGGUAACUGACGAGCGUGUCCCGCGAACGAAAUUUGCCGGGACCGAGGUCAUGAUGAGCAAGUGGGGUGAUACGCAGUGGCGACACGUGGCAAUGGUAGAAGUAUGA